AUGCCGAAUACACAGCUCCGUAAGAAGGAAACCGUUUCCAAGGAAUUUAAAGUACUUCAACAGAGCUCUGCCACCACCACCUGCACUGCAACUACGCUACCCUAUACCACCAUCUACUUCCCUGUUCAAAGGCGCUGCAAGGCCAUGCACAUGCUGCUGGCUGACCAGGGCCAGAGCUGGAAGGAGGAGGUGGUGACCAUGGAGACUGGGAUGAAGGACUCACUCAAGGCCUUCUGUCUGUAUGGGCAGCUCCCCAAGUUCCAGGACAGAAACCUCACCCUGUACCAAUCCAGUGCCAUCCUAGGACACCUGGGCUACUCCCUUGGGCUCUACAGGAAGGACCAGCAGGAGGCGGCCUUGCAGGAUGUAGUGAACGAUGUUGUAGAGGAUCUCCACUGCAAAUACAUCCUCCUCAUCUACACUAACUACGAGGCAGGAAAGGAGGAGUAUGUGAAGGCACUAUCAGGUUACCUGAAGCCUUUUGAAACGCUGCUGUCCCAGAAUGAGGGGGGCCAGGCCUUCAUCGUGGGCAACCAGAUCUCCUUCGUGGACUACAACCUGCUGGACUUGCUGCUGAUUCAACAGGUCCUGGCCCACAGCUGCCUGGACUCCUUCCCCCUGCUCUCAGCCGAUGUGGUAUGCCUCAGUGCCAGACCCAAGCUCAAGGCAUUCCUGGCGUCCCCCAGAGCAUCAAUGGCAAUGGGAAGCAGUGAGAGCUUAUGGAACCCUGGGUGGGAAGCUGGGGGGCUGCCUGACUUCCUUUCUCCUUGA